GGACCAGGCUCGUUACGACAGUAGGAGCCAAUUUACGUCGCUGCGUGACGUCAGAGCUGCUGCCAUAAACGAGUAUGGUAGAAGCAGAUUUGUGUGUCCGCGAAGCAGCCGAGCAAAAUUAGAGCUGAUGGACAACACAAGUCGACAUGAUACACAAUGACGUGGAGAAUGAUGACAAUUUGGUUGCGAGCGAUGAUGAUGAAGAGGAGGCUCCGAUGAGAUGUAGUUUCUCAGUAGAAGACCUCCUGGACGAGGUGGAGAAGAUCUGUUACGAUGCCUCAGGGACGUCUAAGGUUGAGAUGGUGGUGCGCCUGUGGAAGGACGGCUUCACUGUCAACGACCAGGAGUUCCGCAGCUACUCAGUACCUGAAAACCAGCAGUUUCUGGACGCCAUCAAAAGGGGGGAGCUCCCGGCAGAGUGGGAGAGUCGGGCUGAGGAAGAGGAGCUGGAGGUCAAUGUGGAGGACCUGACAGAAGAAGCCUAUGUUCCCAAAAAGAAAGUUUUUCACCCUUUCAGCGGGAGAGGAUACCGGCUUGGCAGCGUAGCCCCCAGAGUCGUGGCCAGGUCGCCAUCUGUGCACGAGGAUGGAGAAUCUCCUCCUAUUCCCAUGGUAACGCUGGACCACGCCCUCCCCGUGACCUCGCUGCAGAUCUGGUUGGCCGAUGGCAGGAGAUUGGUACAGAGGUUCAACCUAUCACAUAGGAUUGUCGACGUUCAGGACUUUGUGGCGCGCUGCCAGAGGAACUGCCCGCCUUUCGUCCUGACCACAUCGCUUCCCUUGCGGGAGCUGAACAACAAAGAGCUGAGCCUCCACGAGGCGGAUCUGUCAAAUGCUGUCAUCGUCCAGAGGCCUCUGGACACACAGGCGCCCUUUGGACACUCGGGACUAGCACCUUAAAUCCUCUGAUUCCCUUGUGACCUUUCACCUGUCCUUCAUCUACCUUUCAUUGUCAUUUGUUAUUGUGGACUUCUUGUGGGAUUAUUAACAAUCCUGUUUAUAUCUGGUGUUAAAGAUCACAUAAUACGCUAAUAUUGCUUUCAUACUUAUAAACCUAUAUAUGUGUAUAAAGUCAUAAAGUUCACCUUGUCUUUGGAGCUUAUGUAAGGUGCAAACUCUUUUUCUCGAUUAUACAGCCUGAAUCCGUCUGCAAGUGUUCUCAUCCAAUCAGAAGCUUGAUCAGAUUUUAAAAAACAUAUAAAAAAACAACGUAUACUUGCUCUCAGCUCACCGCUAAAUGCUCCUCUUGUCUUUGGAGGUCUCCCAUGAGCAGACAGCAGCAUAUAUUACUAACGGACCACAAAUUUAAAAUAUAUAGAACUGGAUUGUUUAUCACACUUCUCUCCUUUUCAUUCAUGUUGUACUGGUAUAUUUCUUGUGAGACAAGUGAAUGUGAGUGUGAAUGCUGUCUGUCUAUCUGUGUUGGCCCUUUGAUGAGGUAGCGACUUGUCCAGGGUGACCCCGCCUUCCGCCCGAAUGCAGCUGAGAUAGGCUCCAGCACCUCCCGCGAUCCUGAAAGGGACAAACGGUAGAAAAUGGAUUGAUGAAAGUGCUAUUAAAUUAAACAAAUGAAAAGCCCCAAAGGCAGGAUUUCACACCAGGUGUAAACGGGAUUGUGUCCAGCCCAUCAAACGGGUCAAAGGCGCUUGUUGAUUGUUUAGGGUCCGGUCCCCUCUGGAGGAAAUUUUUUCUGCCAGACAAAAACCCCUCAAUUUGGCACCCGAUGCAGAUGGUAAUCAAAUCAUCCUGGUGUCCAUCUGCUGGUUCAUAACACUUGUGAACCCCUCCCCUCCUCAUCCUGCACACAAACAAACAUAUAAAGCCGCACCAAAAAAUGCAUGUUAAAGUCUUCCCAAACUGUGAUUCAUAUUUUACUGCACUUUUGAAUGCCAGUAUGCUGCUUGUUUUACAUUGAAUCUUCAUGUUGCCUAUUUGCUCAUUCUGACAAGUUAUUCAUGGUAAUGUUUCAUUUAUAUCACACUGUAAGCUUGUUAUGUAUGAAUGUAUCAUAUUAUCUGCUUCGCAUUCUUUACGUCCAACAUGGAGUUCAAAACUAAACUCACAAUACAGGAAAUGGAAUACGAACAGUAUUUGUGUUUAAGUUACUUCCUGGUUAGACCGUGACUGUGAAAAUAUGUUCUUGUUUUUGCACCUUUGUUUAUAUCUGCACUGAAAUGCAUGAAGUUCUUCCUCGUCUUUAGCACCACUAAAAAAGUUAGGCGUUUGCGUUAAACGUUGAGUUGACGACGCUAGAAUUCUCGCUCGCUCAUUUGGAGGGCCCAGGUUUAAACCUCAAGCGGAACGGAAGCAAAGCAUGCUUUUGAAAGUAAUUCAUCAAUAACAGAGCAUAUAGAGCAGAUUGCCUUCUUCAUUAGUGUUGACUUUUG